UGCUCAACACACACAUAUACAACACCAUACACGCUCAGUCCAUCGCUGGAUUUGCAUGUUCACAAGCUGGGAGAAGAUUGUGCUUCAUCUAUUUUCCCAGGAUGGGUUCGAUAAUUGCCAAAAUGCUGCUGCCCACUGUUAGCAGCCUGGCGUUCAUGCCGGCGAUCAGUGUGGCAGCCAAACGGGGCUUUCACAUGGAGGCAAUGGUGUACUUCUUCACUAUGUUCUUCAUUGCGAUUUACCAUGCAUGUGAUGGCCCUGGAUUGUCCAUAUUGUGCUUCAUGAGAUAUGAGAUUUUGGAGUACUUCAGCGUCUAUGGGACAGCUAUCUCAAUGUGGGUCACUCUUAUAGCUCUAGGAGACUUUGACGAACCAAAAAGGUCCACCCUCACGAUGUUUGGUGUUCUCACUGCCGGUGUGCGCAUCUAUCAGGAUCGCUGGGGGUACGGUGUCUAUUCGGGGCCAAUUGGGACAGCUGUGCUGAUGAUCACUGUCAAAUGGCUGAGGAAGAUGAAGGAUAAGAAAGGCCUAUACCCUGAGAAGAGUGUGUACACACAGCAGGUGGGGCCGGGGUUCUGCUUCGGAGCACUGGCUCUCAUGCUCAGGUUUUACUUCGAGGAAUGGGAUUACACCUACGUUCACAGUUUUUAUCACGUGUCCCUGGCCAUGGCCUUUGUCCUGGUUCUCCCGAAGACCAACAGACUGGGAGGAACGGGAGGGAACCCUGCGAAGCUCAGCUGUUACACUCUCUGCUGCUGUGGGACUAAGCCAGCGAUAAAAGACAGGAUUCAAACAAUCUGGAGUUCAACAACUAAACGUCCCUGGAUUCGGGCCUGCGACCCAGGCCUACCUUUCCGCCACCCCCAGCCAGAAACCAAAUAACCUGCAGGACCUUCAGAGAGAGGGACUGGGGAGUGGGGUUGCCUUGUCUUUUCUAGGCAACAUUCCAUAUUAAAUGCAUUGAACUAAGUUUUACAGAGUGGUAUGGUGCAGGACAAACCAGUGUGCUCACAUUCUCACUGCCUGUACACUGGGGAAGCUAAAUCUCAACAAUGCAAUUUAAGAGAAUUGCACUGUAUAUAACACACUCCUUCCCCAUAGUGACUAUUUUUUCAUAAGGAGUAGAAAUCCUAAAUUGUAAAGAGUGAUUAUGUUUGAAUGUUAUUUUCAUAUGUUUUGUAAACAUAGUUGUUUAUUUAUAUUGUCUUAUUAAGAUAAUUUUAAUUGAGAAUCGUCUGUCGCAGCGAGAAUUGCUUUUAUAGAUAAUUAAUAAUAAACAAAUCAGUUGUAUUAUAUUAUAGAGCAUACUCCUACAGGUACUGUUUUUGUAUACAAAGACAUUUGUAAGGCUUUUUGAUUUUACUGUAUACUGGAUCACAGACUAAACAGAUUGCAGUUGAUAUAAAACAGAUUUGAGUUGAUGUAAAACACACAGCCAGAUCUUUCCAUCCCAUUUCUCCGCUUCUUUGGAGCUUGCAUUGGCUUACAGUAAAGUAGAGCAUUCGUUUCAAAUUAUGUUAUUAUUAUUAUUAUUAUUAUUAUUAUUAUUGGUAGUAGUAGUAGUAGUAGUAGUAUUUAUUUCUUAGCAGACACCCUUAACCAGGGCGACUUACAGUUGUAUACAAAAAAUACAUAUCAAGAAUUACAGUACAGUUAAGAUACGUGUUCUUUGUUUACAAAACUGUUCAGGGUCCAGCGUAUUUCAGCAAGUGAAGCAGACUUCAAGCUCAGCAAGAGCCAUCCUUCUGGUACUCCCUAGAUUUCAAGAUUUGGGGCGUUGAGUGGUUCCCAACCUGAUUCCGAACACUGAGACAUUUCACAGUUUUGGCUGGGUUAAAGACCUUAUUUGAUAAGUCUUUUGUUUAUUUAGCUCUGUAGAGAUGUCUUCGCUUUGUAAAGCACUCUGAGUUGCUUGUAUAUACAAAUGUUAUGGUAAUUGGUAUGGUGUAAGCUUGAAACUAAGCCUGCUAUUACAGUGAGAGUUACAGGAGUUUAAAUUUAGGGAUAAUGGCUCCAUCAAAAUCUGUUUCUAAUUCUACAUUAAUUCUACUUAUGUAAACAUAAUGUAGUCUUAUGUUACUGAUUUACACAAAAACUUUGGUAUAAGCUCUGGCCAGAGCUCAAAUUGACAUUUCUCUGUAAACUGAAAACACAAAUCUCAUAUUGUAAUAUAUAAUUACAGCAUAUACUGUCUUAUAAAAGAUUACCAUGGUAAUUUAGCACUUUUUCUAUGUCUUUUCCUUGGUUACAGUUUACCAUGGUUUGCCAUGUUUUAAUAUGCUUUACCAUACCUCUUUGGGCUUACCUAUGUUUUACCAAGCUUUCACUAGGCUUUAUUAUACUUUGCCCGGUUUUUACUAAGGUAUGCUUGUACAGGCUGGAUUUAUUCACUUGUAAUUUAACUUUUGAAAUGUUUUGUAACAUAACUAAAUACAAAUAUAUUUUGCUUUUUAAAUUUAA